AUGGCGUUUAUUAAAGAGGAGAGUGAAGACUUAAAGAUUGAAGAGACAUUCACAGUCAAACAGGAAGAUACGCAGGAACAAACAGACCUGGUGGUGCUGAAAGAAGAGACUCAUCAAAUGGAGGAGAAACAGCAGUUAGAGAAACCCCAAGAGAUAAUGACUAAUGAAAAACCUACACUGACUAAAAAGACUUCACGUGGAAGACCUCAGAAACCCAAAUCUGGAUGUCUUUUAAGCUGUAAACAGUGUGGAAAGAGAUACAGUCAAAAGUCACACCUUGAUAUUCACAUGAGAGUUCACACUAAAGAGAAACCUUACACCUGCGAACAGUGUGGAAAAAGCUUCUACUAUGCAGGAAGCCUUGCGGUGCACAUGAGAAUUCACACUGGGGAGAAGCCUUUCAGCUGUGCACAGUGUAGAAAGAGUUUCAGUCAAAAGCGGAACCUUGACAUUCACAUGAAAGUUCACACUAUGGAGAAACCUUACACCUGCGAACAGUGUGGAAAAAGUUUUGGUUAUAUACAAGGCUUUAAAACCCACAUGAGAAUUCACACUGGAGAGAGGCCGUACACAUGCCAACACUGUGGACAAACUUUCUAUCAUGCAGGAAACUUUGCAGUGCACAGGAGAAUUCAUACUGGAGAGAGGCCGUACACAUGCCAACAGUGUGGACAAACCUUCCAUCAUGCAGGAAACUUUGCAGUGCACAGGAGAAUUCAUACUGGAGAGAGGCCGUACACAUGCCAACAGUGUGGACAAACCUUCCAUCAUGCAGGAAACUUUGCAGCACACAUGAGAAUUCACACUGGAGAAAAGCCUUACUCUUGCCCUCAGUGUGGAAAGAGUUUUAAGCGAAAUGGCACCCUUGAAGACCACAUGAGAACUCACACUGGAGAGAGAAUUUUUACUUGCACACAGUGUGGGAAAAGUUUCUCUCAAAAACAAAGCCUUCACAUCCACAUGAGGAUUCACACUGGAGAGAAACCUUACACAUGCACAGAGUGUGGUAAAAGUUUCAUAUGUAAAAACGCACUCGAUUACCACAUGAAAACUCACACCGGAGAGAAGCCGUUUGCAUGUGUUCAGUGUGGGAAGAGCUUCAUAACCAAAGCUAGCCUUAAGAAUCACAUGAAUCGUCACACUGGAACCAUAGUGUUCACAUGUGAUCAGUGUGGAAAGAGUCUCACACGCAAAGACUCCAUUAAGCAACACAUGAAGACUCACUCAGGAGAGGAUCGUUUUAGAUGCUGUGAGUGUGGAAAGGGCUUUAAAAGUAAAAGAAGCCUCAACACUCACAUGAAGCUUCACAAUGGAGAGCAGAGUCCUCAAAAUUGA